AUGAGAUGUCAUUACGAGGUUUUGGAGGUUCCUAGAGAUGCCGAUGAUGAAACUAUAAAGAAAGCAUACAGGAAGUUAGCGUUGAAAUGGCAUCCAGACAAGAAUCCCGAUCGUAUCGAAGAAUGUACGAAGUAUUUUGCGUUAUUGCAGUCUGCUUAUGAAGUGCUCAGCGAUCCUCAUGAAAAGGCAUUUUACGAUCGACACAGGGAGAGCAUUUUAAAAGGAGGAUUUGAUGCAGAUUAUAAGAAUGAUUCACUCGAUCUAUUCCAAUUCUUUACUACUAGUUGUUAUAAAGGUUUCGAAGGUGAUAAGAGCUUUUAUAAUGUGUAUAGGAAUGUUUUCGAUAGUCUUGCUAACGAGGAUUAUGACUAUGUUGAUGAUCCGUCCGUGCGUUAUCCUUCAUUUGGAGAUGCAUCCAGUGAUUAUGAAACGAUUGUGGGUCCCUUUUACGGUUUCUGGAGUUCGUUUUGUACGGCAAGGUCCUUUGCAUGGUUGGAUAAAUAUGAUAUUCGACAAGCAAACAACAGAUAUGAAUUACGUCAAAUAGAGGCUGAAAAUAAAAAGUACCGAGAUGCUGGAAAAGCUGAGCGUAACGAUCAAAUCAGGGAAUUAGCUGCUUUCGUUAGAAGACGAGAUCCUCGUGUGAAAGCCUACCGUGAAUUGCUGGAAAAACGUCAAGAGGAAGCUAAGAAGAAACAAGAGGAGAAUCGAAAACAGCAAAUUUUAAAGAAUCAGCAGCUCAUUUCUGCAUAUAGUGAGAACGAAGACGCCAUGGCUGCACAUCGGGAAUAUCUGGCUCAGCUUUCUCAGCAAAUGGCUGAGGAAGAUACAUCGAGUGAAGUAGAAGAUGAGAGCGGCGAUGCACUGCUUUACUGCAUCGUCUGUGACAAGUCGUUCAAGACUCUAAAUGCUAAGAGUAAUCAUGAAAAUUCGAAACAACACCGAAAACAACUUGCAGAGUUGAAAAAGCACAUGAAAGAAGAAGACCAUGCCUUGUUCGUGGAGCAACAAAACUCACCGGAGCCGUCACCUGAAAAACAAGAGGAUAGGAAAGGCAAGAAAGCCAAGCGGAGAGCUAAAAAGAAGAAAGCGUGGGAUGACGAUAGUGAUGGAGAAGGAGGCGAUAUAAAUGAAAAUCCUGGAAAGGACGCCGAAAUAAACGCUACUGAGGAAGUUGUUAGUGGUCUUAGCGAGAAGUUAGCAGAAAUCUCUGUGGAAGCAGCAGAUGAUGGGUCUCCCGAAGAGGAAAAUAUCUUUUUAGCUGCUGCGAAGCAGACUGAGAAAAAGAGACGGAGAGCGGACAAAAAAGAAAGCGAUGGAAAUGUUAAUGAUACUCCAGAGCAUCCUUCUCAACCUGUGAACACUGGUCCGAAAAUUGACACAUGUCAUAAGUGUAAAGAAGUCUUUGAAAGUCGCACGAAACUUUUCGAGCAUUUGAAGCUAACAGGACAUGCUACCAUAAAGGGUCCUCCACCACCUCCUCCGAAAAAUAAGAAAGGUGAAAUGGACUUUGAAGAUCCGAAGCCUGAAGAUCUGGAUUUUGAUUUUUCACUGGAAAAUGCUGGAUGUUUGAUAACUGUCAGGAAGUACAAAGAAUUCGACGAUGAAUCAGCGCAGAAAAUUUUCCCUCGCAGCUCUGCCGAAUAUGUCCCCUCGGAUACCUACACUUUGCCGGCUAACUAUUUUUGUGAUUUGUUCUGGAAAAAUGAGAAGGAACGUCUCCAACGAGUUUAUGGCCUGUGGGUUGCAAAUAGGGAUAAAUUAACUACCAAUGUCAUUGAUGAAGCUUCAGAGGACGUCAGAUUCUUAGACUGUAUGAGUAACGUCGUUAGACUUAUUAAUAUGUACGACUUGAUGUUGAGUAUGUGCUGGGAAGGAGAUCGUAGCAAGCCGCCCAUGCCACUUCACCUGUACAAAGCCAGAUUAAACGAGCUAAAAGAAGUAAACAUAGAGACGAUCAAAAGCUUGAAUGAGCUUUCUAAUGAUAGAGAAUUCAAUCGAAAACGAGUGAAAUCACUUAAAAUGGCUGAAAUGGCAAAAGAUUCCACGAAGCCGAGGUUCCAAGAACAAGGUGAACAGUCACCUCCUUGGAGAAUCUCACUUAUGGAGCGAAUCAAUGAAAUUCUAGUAGUAUUGGAUACUGCAGCAACUGCAGGUGAAAAUGUUGGGGAAGCUUUAACAUUGGUAAUGGAUGUUCGUCAAUGUAUCAAGAGUGGAAACAAGGAUUCUCAUGAGCAGGUGUCAGCAAAAAUGAAAAAACUCAAUGAUUUGGUUGUUACAUUGAAAAAGGCUACUACCGCACGAAUCAAAGCUAUGUCAAAAGAAGACAACUUGCCUCUGGCAUCUCCUGGCUCAAAAAGCCAGCCCGAUCUCCCCAAACUGGGUAGCACUCCUGCUCAAACUCCACAGCCACCUAGCGGUAGAAAAAGAGGACGUCCAAGAAUAGUUAGGAAUCGCGAUGAUGAGGAGUAUGUGGAAAAAAAGAGAAGCACACCUGUCAUCACCAGUGAUAUUGCUGUUGUUGGCGAUCCGGACGAUGAUCUUGUUUCGCGAGUAAAACGCGGGCAAAGAAAUCGACGACCAGCGAGAACCUUCACACCGGGUUGGGAGUUAUCAUCACCUUCUCCUCCUCCACCUAAAACAAGAGUCACACCAACUGGUAAAGCUACGCCAUCUGUGGAACAGAAACCGAAAUCGCUCGCUUCUAAAGGGCGGACAAAUGAGCUAUCGUCACCAGAUAGUGGUCGUCCAAGUAGCAAUGAAUCAAGUGAUAACGUAAACACAGUGGUGAAUGAAAAACCAAAAGUUAAUCCUAUAUAUCAGGAUAACAACCCCAUUGUAGCGAACAUCGUCACCACUACCGUAUCGAUACCGACAUUGCCGACUACACCAGUGCUAUCAACUCCUACGACAUCGUAUUACACAACUGCUACACCUCUUAGUGGCUUGGUACCUCCUACGAACACUUUUUCAACUCCUGGAGCAAGUGUACCAGUUUCCCAAGUUCUGCUUAAUCCACCGCCUGUUCCACAACUUAACGAUCAGACAGUCAUGGCUCUUCUUAAGGAGAGGGUUCAACUUGGUGAUGUUCGCCUGACGCUGCUAAAUCUUUUAGCAAGCGAAGGAACACCUCAUUAUCAUUUCAUUCCACUAAUGAUUGAGACGGCCGAGAAGGCAAUCGCAGCAUUGGACAAAAAGGAUAUGAUAGUUUAUGCCAUGCAUAAAGCAGCACUGGAAGUAGGUUGUGCGCAACUGGAAACCAUAAUGCGUGCAUCAAAUCCAAUUGAUCCUUCAAAUCAACUUGCUACUCUUGCCACUGCUAUGGGAAUCAGUCCAACGCCUUUUACAUCGCUGUUACAGAAUUCAACGGCAACAUCACUAAAUUCGAAUUUAUUAGCGGCAGAUGCCGCCACUCGAGAACAGCUGACUGCUCCAUAUUCCCUACCGCCUGCCGUUUCUAUGGAGUUCCAAGGCUACACCGAGAGAGACAUUUCUUCAAUGAGGAAUAACUUAUUUCUCACUCCUCUAAUCAUCAAGUUGUACUUUGAUGUAACUUAUCAUACUAUAAAGAGAGGAGUUUGGCGAUAA